AGUGUCCAUCCGCGAUUCAACUUCCGCCAUGUUGUAGGGAAAUGGUGGAAGUCGGCAGGAGGAAGCGACAAUUUUCCUGCACAUCGUCAGCUUUUUCACGGAAACCCUGUCACUGAGACAGCCCAGACCGGCAGAGGAAACGUCCCAGGGAUCCUGUAGACUGCUCUAGUCGUCCCUCAUCGCUUCUUGUCCCCGUGAAUUCGCGAGCUCCUUUCCUCCCCUUGUGUGAUUCCCAAUGGCCGACCAGCUGGACGUUGAAGACAAGCCUCCCGCCCCGCCCAUGAGAAUGACCAGCACCAUGAAGUCCGACAGCCACAGCCCUGGCUCCAAACCCCUCCCCAGCGCUCCGCAAGAGGAGAAGAAAAAGGGAGGGAAGUUCAAGUCCAUUUUCCAGUCCUCCAAUGACAAAGAAAGACUUCUGUCAGCUCGAGCCAGUAUCAUAUACUUUGCCAUCACCCGAGCCGGCGUAAAACGUUCCAAAAAGAAGGACAAGGAGAGACCAGAGAUCUCGUUACCGUCUGACUUUGAGCACACCGUACAUGUAGGCUUCGAUGCAGUCACCGGAGAGUUCACUGGAAUGCCGGAGUCUUGGGCACGGCUCCUUCAGACGUCUAACAUCUCUAAGAUGGAACAGAAGAAGAACCCACAAGCCGUUCUGGACGCGCUGAAGUUCUACGACUCCAGGGACAGGGAGAUCAGUGAAACUAAGUACAUGACAGUCUCCAAGAGUGUCUCAUCAGUAAACAGUAGGCCAACUCUAGAAAACAAAUUCCAGACUCAAGCUGUUCUAACGCCUAAGGUACAGAACCAGGUACCAGAGGAGUCUGAUGAAGAUGACGAGGCCCCGCCCCCUGUAGCCCCACCCCGCCCAGAGUACACCAAGUCUAAGUCUUCAAUACACCUGAAAAGUCCACCUCAGCCUCAGUUGUACACAAGAUCAGUGAUAGGAGACCAGCUGCCCGCACCCCCACCCCCUGUCCCUAUCUCCCCACCCCACCCCUCUCCCGCCACCAACGACGUCGCCCCACAGAAGCCCCCGGAGAAACCCAAGAAGAAGAAGUUCACUGAUGAAGAGAUCCUGGAAAAGCUGCGAUCGAUACGGGCCAAGGAGUUAAAAACUCCGCCCUCCUCUACCACCUCCCCCACGUCUUCCUCGUGUACCACGAGCGGGAGCGGCGGCGGCGCCGUCACCAUACGGAAUAGAAACGACACCCACAAGAAGAAAACUAUGAGUUUGGAGGAAAUGUUGGAGAGAUUACGUAUGUUCUCCUCCUCAUGCAUGCCCUGCUCUCAUGAGUUUUCUGCCCCCCUCCCCACCCGCCUGCCUGUCCGUCCGUACCUCAUACACAUGGCAUGCACUUCUGGUCCCGUGCUCUCAGGCUCUCCAGGGAUAGCUUUUCAUGUCAAUCAUGUAUGUUCUUGGCACAGCUACCUGGUAGGAGAGGAAUUAUGGGUAGUGAUGGAGUACCUGGCCGGAGGAUCGCUGACUGACGUUGUCACGGAAACCUGUAUGGACGAGGGCCAGAUCGCUGCCGUGUGUAGGGAGGUGUUGCAAGCCCUGGAGUUUCUCCAUGCCAACCAGGUGAUUCACAGAGACAUCAAGUCGGACAACAUUCUGCUGGGCAUGGACGGCUCAGUCAAGCUCACUGACUUCGGCUUCUGCGCCCAGAUCACCCCCGAGCAGAGCAAGCGCUCGACCAUGGUGGGCACACCGUACUGGAUGGCACCGGAGGUGGUGACACGGAAACAGUACGGACCCAAGGUGGACAUCUGGUCCCUGGGGAUCAUGGCUAUAGAGAUGGUGGAGGGAGAGCCACCUUACCUGAACGAGAACCCUCUCAGGGCUCUGCUACUGACAUGCUGCAGCACCCGUUCCUGAGGCUAGCCAAGCCUCUGGCCAGCAUCCAGCCCCUCAUUCUCGCAGCCAAGGAGGCCGCCAGACGAUAGUAUCCCAGCAUGCC